AGAAAAGGGGAAAAAAAUGGCGGACAGCCUUGCUUGGCGACCCCCAUGAAAUGGUCGAUCGACCCCAAAUGGGGUUGCAACCCAUAGGUUGAGAACUGCUGUUCUAUACACAGCAGAGUCAUCAAGCAUUCUAGAAUUGUCAUGGAACAUCCCCCUCCCUCGUGUUUUGCUGUUUUCUAGUACAAGGUAGUUCUUGACUUAACGACUUCAUUUAACAAUCAUUCAAGUUUAUGUCAGUGAAGAAAAACUGACAACUAGUCUUUGCACUUACAGCCACUGCAACAUCCCUGGAUUCAUGUGAUCAUGAGUUGGGCAUUUGGCAAUCAUCACAUUUUUAAUGGUUACAGCAUUCAUUUCAUGGUCACAUGAUCACUAUUGGUGACCUUCCCAGCUUCCAAAAGAGUCAGCGGGGAAGCCAGCAGGAAAGGUAAUAAAUCAGAGUUACAUCUCUUGCUUAACAACUAUUGUGAUUUGAUUAAAGACUGCAGCAAAAAAAUAAAAAAUAAAAUCAGGUUUGGUUAUAUGAUGUUUUGCUUAAUGAUUGCAUCAUUUAAUGAAUUUUAUAGUCUCCAUUGAAUAAGGCUUCUGGUUGAAAAGGAUGAUUGAUAGAACAGAAAUGACCAUGCCCAUCAUAAGUAUGCUUGUGGGAAAGAGGUUUUGUUUUUUUUUCCGAAGAAAGAAAAGUAAACUGAAAAGAUAUAUAAAAUGGUUGUCCAAAUAGAACUGAAUAUAGGGCAGAGCUAUUUAAUGUGUGGGUUAUUACUACACAAAAUAUGGACUAUGUUAAUGUGAUUAGGGUCAAGUUCCCAAAUUAGGUGUGUGAGAAACAAAUAUUCUGCUAAUGGAAGAAUGGGAAAUGGAAGAAUAUGAAUUUCCUUCAGCCACGACCAUUUGGAGAACACAGUUCUCUGUCUUUGUGUCAUGAUCAACUAGAGGGAGAAAUCCUGAUAAUGAUGGUAAUGAUUGUUUUAAUUCAGCUAGCUUCUUUUUAGAUCCUUGUAGGUUGACAUUGGAGUAGAAACUAGAUUUCAAAAAUAAUUAUAACUUUCAUUGAGAGACAUUAAGCCUUUUCAGGGUUAUCUGCAAUAUAAUCAGAUAAAAAUCAUCAAGUCUCUUAGACUUGAAAAGAUUAAACCAAGGCGGUUUUGUUUAUUAAGAAGGCAUUCUCUCUGGCUUGGCAGCUAUUCCUAAUGGUGAAUGAUGUACAAUUUUGGCUCCGAUUGCCUAGUACUGCAAAAGCUUUCUGUUUUAUCCAGAAACACUUACCUCAUAUGACCUGCAGUUGAAACUUGACCUUUAACAACAAGGUUCAAAGGGGCAAGCUUAAAUUUUUAAGUGUUUUGAGAACCCAUGUCUGUGAUCACCAACACAAUGCUGAAAGAGCCUAGCAACAGUAUAUAAUUCUCCAUUACCAUGGCUACCAGCUAUUGUGCUAGAAUUCUGCAAUUGUUUUGAUUGCUGGACAUUUCAUCUGUAUACUGCAAAUUGGAGAAAAUAUAGAUUUUAGAGAGGAAAGUGUGUGUGUGUGUGAGAGAGAGAGAGAGAGAGAGAAAGAGAGAGAGAGGGAUCCCCUGUCUCCAUCAAAGUGUGUGUGUGUAUACAUAUAUAUUGUUUUAAAUAAAUAAAUAUAUAUAUUGUUUUAAGUAAAUACCUUCACUAUUUCAUUCCCCAAAUCCCAUCCUGUUCUACUUUUUUCCAGAUGAAAGAACAUAAAAGCUGCUUUAUUAUUCUCAGGAUGUCUUGUCUUAUUUCCUUUCUCUUUGGAUAAUUUUGGCUUAAGCUUUGCUAGUGGGGGUGGUGCAUCAGCCUUCAUGUAGUGCAGCAGAGUUAAGAGUUUGGAUCCAAAACAUUAUUAAGGGCAUCACCAACGGCCCCAAUAUCCAUUGAGUGCUUUAAAAACUUUCAUACUCUUGGUCAUAAUCUACCUUUUGGGAAAAUAUCUUGGCCUCAAGAUAGUUCUAGUUCAGCUGAAUGAGAAAUUCACUAUUCACUAUUGGAGAUUCGAAUUCAGCAGAAAUUUUGUAAGAGAAUGUGCUCCUGAGCAUAUGCACACUGCUAAAGAAUACCAAGUAAUUAAAUCAAGUAGGUCCCAUUCAAAAAGAAAAAUGAUGCUAAUAUAGUUAUUUUGGAUAUAGAGGAUAUACUUAACCCAAUUAACAGGCAUUUGUUAUGUUUGAAUUAAAAUGUAGAUUUACUAAGAAAUAUGUUGAUCUCACUUUUAAAUUAUGUGUUGGAGAGAGAGAGACAGUUCCUUUGUCUCUUAACUAUAGGUAAUAAUAAUAAUAGGCCAGGUGAUGGACAGAGAUAGGAAUUGUUUGAGGAACCUUCCCAUUUGCCAUAGAGGUGAAAAGUGCAAAGAGAUUGUUUAAUUUUCAACAUCUGUAUGUACUCAUUUUAAAGGUGGGCAAGUUAAGGAAAUUCCUAGAUGCUCAAUGGUUAAUAGUUAUAAAAUUAGAUUAUGAAAGCCAUUUUACAUGGACAUAAUAGAUCGGAUAACUGUCCAGCCACCUCUCCCAUCAAUCUGUAUGAAAAAAAGGAGGAAAAUUAAUUUUAAUUCUUAACUGAACUCAGUCUGUACUUCCUACUUGUUUAACUUAUGAGGAAAAAAUAAUUUAUCAUUAGUUAUUAGGUACUUAUCAUGGGUUGUUUGUGUCAUAUACAGUUUGAUCUUGGUACACUACCUUGCGAGUAUCCUGUUCUAUAUAUUAAAUAACCUUCCCUUCAUAAAGAAGCCCUUGAUGGUGUAUUGUAUAUGCCAUAAUAAAAAAUACAGUUUAAAAGAAGCACAACUUUAUAAAAUAGCAAUAGCCUUUAGGCUUAUAUACUGUUCCAUAGAGUUUUACACUCUGAGCAGUUUACAAUGUCAGCAUAUUGCUCCUACUAAUCUGGGUCUUUAUUUUACUGACCUGAGAAGGAUAGAAGGCUGAGUCAACUUCAAGCCCAUCAAGAUCAAAAUCUAGACUGUGGGCAGAGUUAGCCUGCAAUAUUGCAUUCUAACCAUUGGACCACUAGGGCUCCUUAUAAGAGACAAACAUUAUGAAACCAAUCAUUAAAUAAAAAAAUUGAGUUAAAAUAAAAAAAGUAUAGAAAAAAUGUACAGAUAAUCCUAGACUAAUGACUACAAUUGAGACUGAAAAAUUCAUCAUUAAAUAAUAUAAUUAAAUGAGACAUUGCAUAAUUGCAGUUUACAACUUUCCCUGCUGGCUUCCCCAUUGACUUUACUUGUCAAAAACUGGCUUGGAAGGAUGCAAAUGGAAAUUACAUGACUCCGGAACACUGCAUGGAAAAAGCAUUAUGUCCCACGGUUAAAAACACAAAUGCUGUGAUAAAUAAUGAGAAGACAUCGUGGAAAGAUUGUGUCUAUUUCUGGCCAGGAUUCACAUGUAUAAAUGAAUUAGAAGCUGUGUUUCAGGAAAAAUGAUGAUUUUAAAAAGUUUGAAAGGAGCAAACUAGAUACAUUAGUAUAAUUGCUGCAUAAUCAAUAUGAAUUUUAAAGUUUUCCUUUGACAUAUACAACAAUCUAGCUAAGGUCUCUCUUAAGUGGCUCUCUUGAAAAGUUUUAGAGAAAUAUCUCAGAUAUGACUCUCACACCUGGCUUAGUCUUGUGGGAAUUUCUCCUCCUUGGCCUGGUUCUUUUCUUCCCAGGCUGCAGAUUGGAAGUUACAUGACCCAGGGCAAAGCAGGGGUGUUUCCUACUUUCCUUUCUGCCUGGCUGACUCACAGCCUGGGUCUUCUGUCUUUAUUGCUUCUGAUUUGCCUUUGCAAUCAGGCAACUCACUGAUCCUGCCAUUGACAUCAUGCAGUCCUCCUUGUCCUUUCUGGUUGUCUUCUUGAAACUUCAUGUCACAGGCGCUUUACGGAUACGUUUAUCUGGAGGUCCUAACUUUUGUGUGGGACGGCUGGAGGUUCUCCACAAAGGUGAAUGGGGGACAGUAUGUGAUGAUGAUUGGGAUCUGCGUGAUGCUGCUGUUGUGUGCCGAGAACUAAAUUGUGGGGAAGCCCUUUCAGCACCUCAUGGAGCCUGGUUUGGUGAAGGAGUUGGUUCUAUCUGGCUCAAUGAAGUACAUUGUGUGGGUACUGAGAGGCAUCUGCUUUCCUGCCAUCAUCGUGGCUUUCGCAAGCAUAUCUGCACCCAUGAGGAAGAUGCCAGUGCCAUCUGCUCAGAACAACACUUCCCUCUUUUUACUGCCAUUCCUGCCCAUACACCUUUCAAGAAAGUUAAAAUGGAGGCAGUAGCAACCAAAAGCCCACUUGUGUUACCUACACCUCAUGAGGAAAACCAUGCCCUAAGACUUGUGGGUGGCAAAAAUCAGUGUUCUGGCCGGCUAGAAGUAUUUCAUGAAGGGCAGUGGGGGACAGUGUGUGAUGACAUGUGGGACCUUCUGGAUGUUACCAUCAUAUGCCGAGAGCUGGACUGUGGAGAGGCUCUGGCAGCACCAGGUGGUGCUUUCUUUGGUGAGGGGAACAGUGUCAUCUGGCUGGAUGAUGUGCAAUGUCAAGGAGAAGAGUCAAAGUUGGCAGACUGCUUCACCAGUCCCUGGGGGACAAACAACUGCCGACACAGUGAAGAUGCUGGGGCUGUGUGUUCAGGUGCGAUGUCCCUUGCCAUGAUAGAAGAGCAUAUAGCCAUGCUUACAAAGACUGUAGCUCCUCAGAAAUCCUGGUCUGUGACACCAAAUCAAAUUCCACAUCCUAGUCAGAUUACAAGAAACCAGGAAGAAACUUUGAGUAAUCAAGAACUCACAGAGGAUAUUCCCAAAGAAGGUCUUUCUGAAAAUGGGCAGCAGCAGCUGCGACUUGUAGAUGGCCCUGAAUCCUGUGCUGGACGGGUAGAGGUAUUGUACAAAGGCCAGUGGGGCACAGUGUGUGAUGAUGGUUGGGAUUUGGUGGAUGCAGCUGUUGUGUGCCGUGAGUUGGGCUGUGGAGCUCCACUUCUCAGUCCAGGCAAUGCUCGGUAUGGACCAGGAUCUGGACCUAUCUGGUUGGAUGAUGUCAACUGCACAGGGAAAGAGUUUAUUAUAAAGCACUGUCAUUCUAAACCGUGGGGGAAGCAUAACUGCAACCAUCAUGAAGAUGCUUCUGUCAUCUGCACAGGGAAGUGGAAACCUCUGUUGUUUCAAAAACCAGCUGCUAGUUCGAAGGCAACUGAACUACCAAUCUCUAUCACAUCCAAGCCAGUAUCUCCAAACAAUUUAGAGCUGCAAAAUGUGAUGGAUGUAGCAGAGAUUACCACAAAUAUUCAGGAAUUUCCAGAUAAGUCAAAUAUAAAGUCUCUCAAUCAAUGGUACACUGAGGAUCCUUUUUUAAAAACACCAAGUGUGAAAAUUGAACUGGAGAAGGAGACAAAGCUAAUAAAUCCUUCAGAUAUUGUUGAAGCAACACUUAGUCCAAAAAUAUUGCAGCACUUGGAGGAAAAAAAUCCAUACAGCUUCCCUAAAACAAGAUUGUCCACACACAAAUGGAAAAAAGUAUUUAUUUUUUCCUCAGAAAAAAAUCAGCCAUCCUCCAUCACAUGGUAUACAGAAUCUAAAAGAGAAAUAAAGUCAACAACUCCUGGAUUCAUAGAUAAAAUAAUGUAUAAUUCAGAGAACCCACAGCAGGAGAUGGAAUCAGCCAGUUCUUCAAAGAUCAUGUUGUCAUUUCAAAAAUUGAGGGAAAUGUCAAUUUCACCAGCCAUAGAAUUUAAAUCCUUAUCCAUGUGGGAUAUUAAAUCAGACAGAGAAAUUGAAUUAGAAAGGCCAUCAGGAGCAGAACCACCUCUAUUUGCACAAUCCUUUAACUCUGCUGUUGAGAGAGUGCAUCCCAUCUAUUGGGAUAGCAAUGCUGAAGUGUCUCCAGCCACAAAGAACACAGAAUUCAGUGAUGUCUUCCCUGAAAAUCAGGAUAUCACCACUGCCACAUGGAUUCAGGCACCUAAGAAAGUCAUAAGUACAUCUGAUUAUGGGAGAAAUGAAUUGUUUGAAUUCUCAAAGAACUUGGAAGUCACAAAAGAGAUGGAACUGCCAAUAACCACAACAAAUUUUCAACCUGAGAAGCACAUGGAAACAACCACCCCCAAAGUCAUAGAUUCUGAAGAGAAAUCAAAUAAAGAAAAACAGGAAGAAUCAAAUACAGUUCCCCAUCCAGUGCAGCCGACAGCUACACCAGAAUUUACCUUUAUUUCCAAUGAUAUUUUCAACUUAAGUCAACUGCACCCAAGUCCAGGAACUAUGAGUGGGCAAUUGGAGGACAAUUUAUUCAACUCAGAAGGCCUGACCGAAACAUCAGGUCCAUAUGUCUCAUCUGCCAAACCUGUCACCUAUUAUGAACACUGUGAAUCAUUCCCAAACUGUCUUGUAAAGCAAGAACAAAGUAAACCAGAUCAAAGAUGCUGCUCAUCACAAGUCCUGAGGAACUUGGUCCAUACAAUGAAAGGUCUCCAUGGAGAACUAGCUUCUGUCUCUGUUGCCAUUAAGAAUCAAGGUUCCCAACUGGAGGCUGUAGCUCAUAAUCUAGCUGAGUUGUCAGCUUCUAUACGUCUUCUAAUUGGAAUAUUGCCAUCUCUGGUGCAGCCUGUCUCAUCCCAGUCCUUCUUAUUGCCAUCUGGGCAAGAUAAAAAUCAACUGCAAAAUCAACUACCCCUAAAGUGAAAAAUGUAUGAAUUUUUGUAAUGCAAGAUAUUGUUCUUCAUGCCACAUGAUACAGAGAGACAAAAAAUCUAUCUAGUGAAACUGUGCCAUAAAAUGGCUAAGAUCAACAUGUGUAAAUUUUACAGUACUAAACACGUCAUAAUCAGAAAUUGCUAUAAUUCCUAUGUCAGAAAUACAAAAUCAAAUGCAACUGAAUAUUAGAGUGCACUAAGAGAAAUUGUCAGAUGAAUUUUUAAGUAAUUGUACUGAAUGAUCCAUUUAUUAUAUGGACAACAAAUAGCUUCUCCCAGUGAGGAGACCUGAAGACUCUACUGGGUUUAAAGCUCUGGGAGACAAGAGAAUAAUUAUCUUGCUCAAACUGUGAUUGUCAUUCUAAUCAUUUUCAGAAAUUGAUUGUUAACUAUUUUUCAGCUAUUAGAAACCUUUGGAUUAGCCUUUGGAUUAAUGUUUUAUAACAGUGGGUGAGUUUCCUUUAGUCAUUAGUAAAGAAGUUUUAAAUACAAGUUUAAGAACAAUUUUUUUCUUGAAAGGCUGAUUUUAGAAAGUUACAAAUGAACUAAGCAUCCAGAUAAAUUUGAAAUAAUACUUUGGAAUUAAUUAUAAAAAUCCAUCCUUUUGUUUUGAAAAUCUUUUAAAAAUAUAUAAAAUAAGACUUUAAAAAUUGGACAUAAAUAAAAACUAGAAAGAACUAAAGAUUGCAAUUAAAGGAGAACAACACUCAACUUACUAAAGCAGAAUGAACAAAAUAUUUUAACAUUGGAAAUACAGAAGGAUAUUUUUGAACAAUGGACCAGAGAUUAAUUUUAAGAGUGAUUGUCUCUAUAAAUAGACUGUGUUUAAAAGAUGUUACGUCACUUCAAUUAAAAAAAAUGAAAAAGAAAAGGAUGGAAGAGGAACAAAUGUUACCUGACAUGACAUUAUCUGAUGUCUUUAUUUGUUACUUGUAUAUUGCUUUUAAUUAUUAAGAUAAUGACCUGGAUAAUUUUUCUUUAUUGAAUUUACAAAGGAGACUUGUUAAAGCUUGCAAGAAUUCUGUGAGAAGGGACAAAGAAAAAAUUAAAAGAAAUCAAGGAUA